GACUACACGAAACCUAUAAAGUAACGCGGAUUGAGACACUCGCGGAGAAAAACGCGCAUCGUGGACACAGCACACAAUUAUGAAGCUCCUACUGACGCUGUUGGCAACGUGUGCAACGUUCAGCGCUGCACAGAUUAACCCGUGUCCUGUUGGCUACAACGUCUUCUGGAUGGACUCGGUCACUCCCGUGUGCCUAAAUUUCGCCAUGUACGGCAAGGGGACGUGGACCAGCCUCCGAGCAAUGUGUCAGGCCGAGGGAGCUGACCUGGCCAAACUGGAGGGCAAUCUUCACUUCCAGGUUAUUCAGUUCAUUAACCAGCGCCCAGACUUAAUGGACGAAGCUUUUUGGAUCGGAGGGACGGAUGAGGGUCAUGAGGGCUACUGGGUGUGGGCAGUGGACAACACUCCCAUGGAUACCCAGAACCCUCCAUGGUACCCAGGGCAACCUAACCACGGCACGGCGGCAAAUUAUGCCUGUCUUUACACACCUGACUUUUACUUCCACAGCUGUGACAAUGACCGGAAGAUAUAUGCUAUCUGCCAAAUCUAAGAUAUUAUUCACAAUGAA